CGGCGGCCACACAGUUGCAUUUUUGUUGUUGUUAAAGCUCGGCUCGGAUGUGAAAUUACUCUUGCUCAUAUUUAUAACGUUCGAUCCGAUCCCACGCAUUGGAGCAAGUGCAAUAAUUGUGCGUCAAGAUGCGUCAGUUCAACAUCUCGGUCAUUGGACUAUCCGGGACCGAAAAGGACCGCGGCCAGGUGGGCGUCGGCAAGUCAUGCCUCUGCAACAGAUUCAUGCGCCCGAUGGCCGACGACUACUUCAUCGAUCACAUAUCAGUGCUCAGCCAGAGCGACUUCAGUGGCCGGAUCGUGAACAACGAUCAUUUCCUUUAUUGGGGCGAGGUGCGCAAGACGACGGACGAGGGCGUGGAAUACCAAUUCAAUAUUAUCGAACAGACCGAAUUCAUGGACGAUUCCACCUUUCAGGCCUUUAAGGUCGGCAAAAUGGAUCCCUAUCUGAAACGGUGCACCGCCACCAAGGUCUUCUCGGCCGAGAAGCUAAUGUACAUAUGCAAGAAUCAGUUGGGCAUCGAAAAGGAGUACGAACAGAAGGUGAUGCCCGACGGUAGGCUCAGUAUUGAUGGUUUUGUUGUCGUAUUCGAUGUCAGUCCGGUGCCCAAUCGCAGUGUCGAGAAACAGGUGGAGUUCGUACAGAAUGCCAUUGCCAGUAUAUUGAAGAACAAGAAGCCGCUGGUAUUGGUGACCACAAAAAAUGAUGACGCCUACGAGCUGUAUGUCCGGGAGGCGGAAAAGAUUAGCCAGCGCAAGGACUAUAAGAGCACCGUACAACUGAUCGAGACGUCCGCCCACGAGAGUAUUAACAUUGAUCUGGCCUUCCUCCUGCUCGCCCAGAUGAUCGACAAGGUUAAGAACCGCGUGAAGAUCAUCUCGUAUCAGGAUUCGGCCAAGUCGCGCAAAGAACUGCUCGACACACGUUCGGAGGCCGUCACCCGUCUCAUACGGAAUCAGAUCACCGACUAUCAUGUCCUAUGGUCGCAGGGCUCCAAAAUGCUAUCACAGUAUCGUGAAUGGAACGAGUUCCUCAACAUAUUUGGUCAUGAGGCUGGCCAGAAGCUGUUCCGGCGGCACAUGAAGAAGCUACGCGACGAUCAUCUCAACAAGAAACUGGCUCAGUAUUUGGACAAAUUCGCUUUGGCCUUGGAGUGUAUGCUGCCGGACAUCGGAGCCCUGAAUAUUAGUGACGAGGAGCCGUGGGAGUGUGCCCGGCACUAUCUACAGAAUCAUAUCGAUUUUGAGCAGUAUUUCUUCGAGUGCCCGCAGGCCUCGUGGACGGAACUGGUGGACAUGGACGAGGCUGAGGACGAGGCGCGUAUACCGUUCGAUGUCCUCGAGACAUCCGAGGCCGAAACGGUAUUCCGUAACUAUUUGAAUUCCGUGCAACAGGAUAAAAAGAAAAUUGGGUGGAAACAACAGUUCAAGAUGCUGCUGGAGGAGUCCGGUUUUGUGACGCCCGGCAAACAGCUGUCGGAGGUUCGUGUCCUGUUCAUGGGCCGGGAAUGUUUCGAGGCGCUGUCGGAGCACGACUGCCAACAGAUCUAUGACAUUCAUCAGGACGAGAUAAUUGAGAAGAGCAAGCAGAAUUUUGUGGAGCUACUGCUGGAGCAUGCCCAGUACUUUCUGCAGUUCAAGAACGUCGACAAUAUCACGCAGGAGGAUGUCCGCCAGAUUACGGAGGUUAUACAGGAGGAUUCCCGUUACAAGAUGCUCGACCGACUCGAUCAGGAGCGUCGCAUGAUGCUGGUGCAGCAUUGGCGCUUCAUUCACUGCCCCAUCCGGGAGCAUUGUCCCUUCUUCUACAAUUGUGUCGAUAGCCUGAUCGAGGAGGUGCUAUCGGACAAGAGCACCGGCAACCAUAAAACCCCCAGUGGCGUUGGCGGCUGGAAGAACUCCGGCGGCAGCGAUCGGACACUGAAUCUACUUAUUGUUGGCUCCGAGCACUUGGCCAGCGAUCUGCUCAACGAUAUCCGGAUUUGUACCGGCAGCAAGGGGGAGUACAUCUACGAGAAUCAAACGUAUUAUCUCAACUAUAGGAUUGCCAAUGGUGACAUGGAGGCCUUCAAGGCCAUCGAUGUCUAUUCAAGUGGUCUCAUCUGCGUCUAUUCCAACCAGCAGUCGUUUGAAACGCUCAAGGACAACUUGGAGCGAACGUUGCUCUGCAAUCUGGAGCUGGAGGAUAAGUUUGAGAAUCUACCGAUUGUAUUGGUCUACCAGCCGCAGGAUUUAAAGGAGAACGAGGUGGAAUACCUCCGUAGCGAGGGAAUGCGUCUGUCGGAGAUGCUGCACUGCGAUUUCAUCGAUCAUACGCAGAAUCAUCAGAAAUAUGUCUACGAUAUACUCAAUAUUGUUAUCCUAUCGCUGAAGCUAACCGAAAUGAAAAGCUACGAGCCAUAUCCAUCCAAUCACACCGAUCUCCGUAUCCUAUGCUGCAUUUUUUGUGGCGAUCAGUACGACAUCGAGAACAUUGUCCAGCCACUGGUGGCCGAAUCGACACUGGUCAAGGCCGGGGAGCAUUCCAUUAUAAUUGAUGUGUUCAUUGGUGAUGCCAAGAGGCGGGUGGAGUUUAUAUUGUCGUCGUAUCAUGGCACUAGCCAGUAUCGUGAUGAGUUGAUCCAUGGCUAUAUAUACUUUUAUUCGGCCAAGCGUCGUUCUUCCCUGGCAAAUUUAAGUAUCCUGGCUGCUCAGAAUGCCAACAUUCCUUUACAAAUCAUCGCCGUGACGGAGAGCGGUGGCGUGAAUGCAUUCUUCAAUAGCGACAUCUGUCAGUUUCUAAUCACCGAGGGCAAUGCGGUGGCUGAUCGUUUCAAGGGCAGCUUUAUGACCUUCUCAGCGGAUCAGUAUGUCAAGUUUGCUUUUUAUAAUCCAUUCCUGAAGAAUGCCUGGGAUAACAAGUACGAGGUGGAGAAUUUGCAUGUGGAGGAGUCAAUUACAUUGGAUUCGGGUGAGGGCACUUUGGAGAACUCGGUUAACCAAAUGCCACGCCCACCGCCGCGCCACGAAAGCUAUAUGCUGUCGAAUACGUUGGGUACCGAUGGUUCCGGCAGCGAGAAUUACGAAAUGCUUCCUACCCGAUCUCUUAACUCAUUAAAUGAAGAAAGGGAUAUAUCAUUAGAUGAAAUCUACGAUGACAACAACGAAAAACCCAAACACCUGCACCAAACGGAUGUCAGCGGAUCCAAGGAUUCAUUGGCCACCCACGAUGCAGAGUGGUUGGAGGACAAGAGCGACGGACGCCGCAACAUGAACAAGAACUCCAUAUGGAAUAACUUUAGUGGGUCGACGCAUGCCUAUACCACCGGGCGACGGCACAUCGACUCCAAUCUGAACAAGAUCCGACCGAAGGGCCCCAGCCAGACCCUAAAGGUGGGCGAGGCGCCCAGCCGCAACUGCCCGGCCAUGAGCUCCUCCACCUUCACCCUGCCCACCCAGCAGCCGGGCAAGCUGAACAUGAAGAACUUCCAGCUGGUUAGCGAUGCGGUGGCCAAAAUGAAUUUCACCGGAUCGGGAUCGGGCUCCGGCUCCGGUUCAGGAUCUGGCAGCACCGGCAUUGGUCUGGGUCUGGGCGGUAGUGGCAGCAUGGCGGACUCAUAUCUGGGCGGCUGUGAGCCUGGCGAUAAGGAUGGCAAGCGCUACGAUCACGCCCAGUUGGAUGGCGAGGACGAGGACUCCGAGGAGUUGGCCGAGUACGAGCAGAUUUACGAAAACGAAGACUGCACCGAAUCGGAUAGCUGUGCCAGUUCCACAGAGCGACGAGUGCGACAGCAGAAUGCUUUCUACAAGGCCAGCAGCAAGAAGCCAGCCACCGCCAAAAAGCAAAAGAAGAAGAAGGUGGCCAUUCCUGUCCAGACGCCACGGGUACCGCCGUUCGGCUAUGUGAGUCCGCCGGAGAUACCGCUCCACUAUCAGCGCAUGGCUGUGGGCGGUGGCGUCGGUGAAGUCGGUGGAGUCGGCGGAGCAGGUGAGAAAAAGAAACCAGAGUCGGGUGUAUCCGAAUUCAUGAAGAGCGACAAAUCGCCAGAGUACUCCAUGGUGCCCGAGCUUGGGGGAGGCGUUAUCUUUGGCACGGAGAAUCUACCGGAGUACAAUAUGAACGCCAAGUGCUUGAAGGACUUUGAGAAACUGGAGAAGCGACGCAUCAAGGAGGAGACGGCUCGUCUGCGCAAAAUCCAGGAGAAGGAAAAGGAGCAGGAGAAGAAGCUUAAGCGAAAACUCAAGCAGAAUGCCAAGGGUCUGGCCGAAUCGGCGGAGGCGCAAUUUGGCAAGCUAAUGAUCAGUUCUGACAAGGAUGAGAUACCCAUUUUCCUCAACAAGUGUGUCGAGUUCAUUGAGAAGGAGGGCCUGGAUUCCGAGGGUAUUUAUCGAGUGCCUGGUAGCCGUGCGCAUGUAGACAUGCUCUUCCAGCGUUUCGAGGACGAUACCAACACCGAGAUAGAUGCUUUGGAUAUUCCAGUUAAUGCUGUGGCCACAGCACUUAAGGAUUUCUUCUCGAAGCGCCUGCCGCCAUUGUUUAGCAAGGAUAUCAUUAAGGAGCUGGAGGAGAUUGCCGGAUCACGUGGCGUGGGCUCCUCGAAACUAAAUGUGGAAGUCAAGACAGAUCGAAGUUGCCGCUUGAUAGCUUUAAAGUCGCUGCUCCAGAAGCUGCCGCCCAUCAACUUUGCCAUACUCAAAUACAUAUUCCAGCACUUUGUGCAUGUAUCGGACAACUCCAAGCUGAAUAGCAUGGAUAGCAAAAACUUGGCCAUAUGCUGGUGGCCCACAUUAAUUCCCAUCGACUUUACGGACAUGGGCCAUUUUGAGCAGCUGCGUCCCUAUCUGGAGGACAUUGUCCAGACAAUGAUCGACCAGUUUCCAUAUCUGUUCUGUGGCAAGGAUGCUUUCGUCAUGGUCUAGGCCUAGAUCAAUGCCAGGACACCGUUAUCCUGGAUAACAUCAACUUGACCGCCGUUGCUGGACUCGAAGCCAAAACGAGAUAGCUAGAUUCAAUGUGUCUGUGUGUGUGUGUGUGUAUUUGUGUGUAUGCAUGCGAAAAGGGGGAGGGUGGGGGACAUAUAUUUCUUUAUAACAUAUAUAGGAUUGAAGAUUUAUUGGAUUUAAGAAGAAGGCAGCCCAUCGAUCGAUCGAUUCAUUCAAAUGAGGAUCAGCAGCCAGGCAUAUACAUAUUUAUAAUAUAGUAUAUCGGUUAGUUUGUAUGGCUUUGUAAGUGUGUAUGUGUGUGUGUGUGUGUGUAUGUGGGAUUUUUUCAAGUAUGACAGAGAUAUAUAUUUUAUAUAUAUAAUAACAUAUAUUUUGUAUCAAUGGCUUUGUUGUGUUUCCGUGAUAUAUGUAAACGCGUCGUCAAGUAUGUGUUUUUGUUUGUGUGUGCGUGUGUUUGUGUGUGUGUGUGUGUGUGUCAUUGUCGUUGAAUCCUUUGAGUGAGACAACCAACCCAAGCCCCCUUCUCCCCCUUUUAGAACCCCCCGAAUUAAACGGGGCGCCAACGACAACGCACAAAUAAAAUACAAAAAAAAUAAAAAAUUUAAAUUAAAAAAAAAAAAAAAAAAAAAAAGCAGGAAACAAUAGCCAAGAAGGAAUAGAAGAAGAAGAAGAUGGUUAAAUAAAAUUUACUGUGUAUCUGUGUAUGUUAUAUAACUGUAAUUUGUAACUGUAAACUGUAAACUGUAAACGUAAUUGUAUGUUAAAAGGUAAACAAUUAAAAAAAAUGCAAAAUCAACAAACAAUUUCCACACAAUACCAUAUAACGAUAUAGCUAUAAAUAUCACUAAAUGUGUCUGUGUGUCUAGUAUUAAAAAAAUUAAAAUUAAAAAUAAAAAUAUAAACAGAAGAAAAUAAACGAGUAGAACAGAAUCGAACCCGAAACCAGAACCGACCGAAGCAAAAAAUCUAAUUUUCGAGCUAAUAACUAAAUGUGCAUUUCUCUCGGUGUGUCUGUCUGUCUGUAUAUGUAUAUGUAUAUGUAUGUGUGUUCUACUCCUGUACGUGUAUGUAUGUGUGUGUAUGUCAUCCAAAAUAUAUACACAUACAACAAAAUAUAAUGAUAAUUACUAUGAAAGAAACACGAAAUCGAAAUCUCCAAAUCCAAAUCUCCAAAUCCAAACAAGAAUAAAAAACUAUAAUCGAUGCGAGGGUAAUGCGAUCUCCAAAACAAAAACAAAAACACACACAAAAUAACCCACUGAUUGUCUACUAAAUGAUAUUGGCAUUAGCCGGGAUUAUAUAAGAACCCAUCCUAAAUGUAAUACUCUCUAUCUCGCGCUGAGUUAAACAAAAAAUAAAUACAAAUAUCCAAAAUAAAAAA